AUGGGUGGCUCAGCAUUUUCAUCAGUAGUCAAUCCACUAUUGACUCCCCGAAUGCCGAAAGAAGUUUAUGAAGCCAUCAAAAGCCAAUGCGAAGGGAUUCUUCGCACUCUGUACUCCUGCGUGGAGUCUCCUCUUGAAGGCCCAGGUAAAACAGACUUUGGCGAUAUCGAUUUUCUCCUCGCGUCACCAAAGCCAGAGGCUUCCAGGGGCGCAUACGCAAUUCAGACCAUAUCAAAAGCACUCGGAGCAGAAAGAUCAAUUACGAAUGGAGGCAACGAGCCUGCGGGUAGUCUUGCAAUCCCUUGGCCGGCAGAUGAAAAAGAUGAUAAAAAAGGGUCCGAGAAAAAGUACAUCCAAAUCGACGUCCGAGUAUGCGACACAGAGCACAGGCUACGCUGGAUGCUUUUCAAGCACGGCCACGGGGACUUGUGGAAUCUCUUAGGAUCGACAAUCAGAGGGUACGGUCUGACAGUCGAUGACAGCGCCUUGUGGCUCAGAGUCCCCGAGAUUGAAGAGUCUGACAGGAAGCGAGCCAGAAUCUUCCUCUCGGAUGACCCAGCCAAGGUCAUGGAGUUUCUCGAUAUGCCCAUGGACGGAUACUGGGACAAGCCUUUCCCCCGCGUCGAAGAUAUGUUUGACUACGCUACUCGUUGUCGGCUGAUGUGGGUAUCCCCCGUCGCACAAGAGCCCGAUGCAAAGAAGCUCAAAGCAAACGACCGCCGGCGCAUGAAUUAUCGGCCUGUUUUCAGGAAAUGGGUAGACGAAUUCCUUCCAGAGUGCCGCCGACUUGGGAAAUUCCCGGAGCGCAAAUAUACCAGGGAGCAAGUCACAGAAGAGGCCUUUUCUGUAUUUGGCGUUGAAAACGAUUUUAACACUCGACGCAAGCAGUUUCUCGCCGAGAAGCAAAGGGAUUAUAUCUGGAAUACAUCCAUAAAGGGUAGUGUGCCGGAGCCUAAAUCCACUGACCACAAAGACAUUCUUUACAGGUCGUGCCUUGUCAAAGCGCUGAAGAAGAUUAUCCUUGAAGACGAUGCGAGUUUUGGAAUUGUACCGGAAAAGAGCCUCAAGAACCCCGACGGCGAGUACAACUUGGAGGACGUUCAGGCCUUUAUCGAAAAGCACCAAGAAGAUGUCGGAGAAGCAGCCAUUGAUCGUCAUCAUUCCCAGUACGCGGAAACCAUAGAAAAGAAGAAGAAGAAGAAAGCAGGAAAAUCAUCAUCCUAG